ACGGCAGGACCCAGCGCACGCACCGGCGCCAUGGCUGCCGCCAGCGGCCACGGCCUGGAACUCGCCAACGGCGGCGACGCAACGCAGGAUAAGUUGCACCCAAGAAAUCUUAUCCCAGAACUCUGUAGACUGUUUUAUGGUUUAGGCUGGGUAACAGGAACUGGUGGAGGGAUCAGCCUGAAACACGGGAAUGAAAUCUAUAUUGCUCCUUCAGGAGUCCAGAAGGAAAGAAUACAGCCAGAAGAUAUGUUUGUUUGUGACAUGAACGAGCAGGACAUCAGUGGUCCUCCAGCACACAAGAAACUAAAGAAAAGCCAGUGCACACCUCUUUUUAUGAAUGCCUACACUAUGAGGGGAGCAGGUGCAGUGAUACAUACUCAUUCCAAGGCUGCUGUUAUGGCUACCCUUCUUUACCCAGGGAAUGAGUUCACUAUUACCCAUCAGGAGAUGAUAAAAGGAAUCCAGAAGUGUUCUUCAGGAGGCUAUUACCGCUAUGAUGAUACGCUGGUGGUUCCCAUUAUUGAGAAUACACCAGAAGAGAAGGAUCUCAAGGAAAGAAUGGCAAAAGCAAUGGAAGAAUACCCAGAUUCUUGCGCUGUUCUGGUCAGACGUCAUGGAGUUUAUGUAUGGGGAGAAACAUGGGAAAAAGCCAAAACAAUGUGUGAGUGUUACGACUACCUAUUUGAUAUUGCAGUGCAGAUGAAGCAGCACGGACUAGAUCCUUCAAAACAUCCAGCAGGAGAAAACGGGAUCCUGUGAAUGACAGCUAUAUUCAGAUAUUUCUUCUUACGUGAUGAUGGGAGUUCUAGUUUCCACCUCACUCUGUUGAAGCCAGAAGGGGGUGCUCUUGUACUCAGCUGAAUUGACAGAUGUUGGCAGCCAAUUUUGACCAGACAUAUCAAAGAAGAGAAAGAGUUAAAACAAAGAGAUCCUGCACAAUCGUUGCUGUUUAUGAGUACUGGCAAAAGCUACUUUAGGAGGAAUGAAAAUUCAUAUUCAAAGAGCUACAGAGAACUAAUGUGACAUAUUGUUUGCGUGAUUUAAAAAUUAUUAUUUUAACAAAUCUGCUUUUGCUGAUCCUGCUCUACCGCUGCUUCAUUUGACUUGUUCUAGAGCUCAACUUCUGAAAGAUAAAGCAGUUCUUACUUGUUGGAAAGAUGUGAGGACCUCCCCUUAAUUAAAAGUAAUGCUUAAACAAUCAUGUUAAACUACUGAUUACUUUAUGCUACAUUAAUUUCUGUGAAAUUAAGCCUGUAGCAUAUGCGUUUUUAAGUCAUAUUUUAAUUGUUAUUCUGUGUAGGAAACUCACAUAAUUUUGUAGCAUGCAUUUGGAAGUUGGUAUCGAGAAAUUCCUCCAGGUCUUAGCUAUUUUCUAUCUCUUUAAAUUCAUUCACUUUCAAUGCGAUUGUUUAACACAGUUUUUUAUGAGCUGCUAUAAGCCAAUCUUAUGUCAAUUUACUCAAACAGCUCAUUAAAAAUUAUUUUUAUAUGUUUAUGUCUUUAUUUCAAAACCUCCGGAAUAGCCCCAGUGACAUCUGUCUAAGCCACAGCUGACCAACAUUCUGACUGAGUAUCGAGACUCAUCCCAAGGAAGAACACCAAUUGACAACUUACAUUGCCAGAAAGGAGAGGUCUUGUUUUCCCUUCUGUUUUCUGCUAGGGGCCAUACAUUUCCACCAUUUCCCUUGCAUCAUCUUUGGCACUUGUUUGAGCUUCUGUGAGGUGAAUUAACUCAUUAACCUAAGAGAAACUACUGCAGGGGGUAAAAAGAAAAUAAUUAUAUUGUUUCCUAAUCAGCCACUGUUAAAAAGUUAACUCAGAGGUGGGUUCAGAGUACCAGAGCUGGGGCAAAAGAGGACAUAACUAAAAUCAGAGAUGGAGAAGACUCUAUUUGAUGAGAACAACUACUCAGACUUACUCAGCUACCUGUGGAAAGUUAUUUGGCUAAACCAAGAAGUCAGGAAGAAACUUCUUGGAUUUUUUACCCUAUGCAGAGCAUUUACUUUCUUUAGUUGUGUACAUCAAACCACUGAUUGUAAGACAACAUGCAUUGAUGGGCCUUCACUGGUAAUAGUGUUAUGCUAAAUUCAUGCAAAAAAAACAUCCUGUUUUGUCUUUGUGGACGUGCCCUUCUAACAGUCUAAUGCUGGGCUCCAGCAAAACUCAUUUUCAGUAAGGCAUCAUGUUAUAAGACAAAUGUCUGCUGAGUGGACCCAGGUUGGGCAGCAGCUGAUUCUGAGCAGUAAGAUGUGGUUACCUGUGCGCUGGUGUAAGUCAACAGAGUUGUUGCUAUGCUGCCAGUUUGUCAUCAGCCACAUGUCUCGUGUUUCCAUGUCUUUGCGGCAACUGCACCCUGUCUUUCUGUGCAGGGCACAAGAGAGCACAAUCAGCAUCUGCUGCUACCAGACUAAGAAACUAUCAAAGAAGAGAUCAAGACCUCAAGUGAUGAAGAGUUACCACUUGACUGGAAUGAGAUAUUGUAGGGAACAAUUUGCCACAGGAAGCUCACCAACUACUUAUCUACCAGCAAAACUUAUCCUCACCUUGCUGGGAGGCUUCAGGUUUUCUCAACAGGAAACCCCAAAUCUUUGUGCUUAAAUUUGCCCUGAACCCUCACUCUCAAAUUUGCAUGGUAAGUCAGUUACUGACAUAAGAAGUUUUAAUAGGAAUUUUCAUAUAGCUUAGAUAACCUCCCCUCUACUCCCUGCCUGAUGAUUGGGCUGUGAGACUAAUCUUUGCCACUAUAUUCUUACAUCUAAGAAUGAACCAGCUUUCAUUGUUUUUGUGGGUGUCCUCACAUGUUAGGAACCAGAAUAGCACUGACUGUUUCAUAUUUUAUGCUAUUUAGUUUAUCUUCUGAACUCACUUUCCAAAUGCUUGUUCUCCCCAACUCUUAACAUUUAUAACAAGCAGUGGAGUUAUGCUGACAGACCAGCAGGUUUUGUUAUGAAAAGUAUCUUUCAGCAGUUAUGUACAUUUGCACUUCCCUAGUGGAACUGGAAGUGUACCUGCAGUGACCUUGAAAUCCCUGGGGGAAGAUGUCUGUAAUUCUGAAAUGCUGGUUAGCACUGAGUUACUGAAGGUUGCUGAUUAGUUUUAUGGAUACAUUUUUCACAAUUAACAAUUUUCAUUAUUAGAUACAUUUGUCAGAGGUAAAUACUUUGCUUGCAGUGACCAAUUACACAUUCUGUGAUUGUAUGUAGAUUGCAGCAAGAAAUUGGGUGGAAAAUCUGGGUGUUUUUUAUUAAUGACCUAUUGACAUCACAAUCCACCCGGUGAAGUCUGUUUGCUGUCUAUUGAUUGUGACCUUUGUUUCCUUCUUUAAACUGAAGUUUCUGCAAAAAGUGAAUUCCUGCAGUAUUCUUGAAGGUGUCUUUAUACAGCAUAACAAUAUCAUUCCACAAUACUGAUGUUUUGUAAGGAUAAAGAUUAAGUUCUGUUCUGCAUGUUUAGCAAUGACAAACUACAAUGGAACAGACAAGGAGAGCUUUUUUUUCUUCUUUCUUUUUGCCAACUAUGUUCCUCUGGGGUCAUAUGUUAAUUACAAAUACUCACUUGCUCAUCCAAAUACAAUUUGUAAUACUGUAACCUUUGUAAAAUUUGUCAAAAAAAAAAAAAGCCCACAUUUCUGUAACAGUUAUGUUCUUUCACGGAUGAUUUUGAGAUAUUCAAAAUCCCAUUCAUUCAGUGAUACGGAAAUGAGCUAAAUACACUCUUCCCACAUCUGUGUGUGAACUCUUCAACAAAGAAA